AUGGGGUCUUUUUAUGAAAAAUAUGAAUUACUGAAUGAACUGGGUAGUGGGUCUAUGGGGAGUGUUGAUGAGUGCGUGGAAAAAGAAACGCAAAUUCACUAUGCGUGCAAGAAGAUUGAAUUGAGACUUGAUCCUUGGAACGAGUUGCAGUGGAUGAAAAAUCUUGUUCAUGAUAACAUAGUGGAAGUGGCUGGAAACUAUCAAGAUGACAAGUAUGUUUAUAUCGUGAUGGAAUUGUGCCGUGGGGGAACUUUGUAUGACAGAAUUAUCCAGAAAGGGGCGUAUGAUGAACCCAGUGCGGCCAAGGUUAUGCAUCAGAUAAUGAACGCUCUUCAGUAUUGCCAUGAGACGGCCGGUGUGUGUCACGGCGAUGGUAAACCGUAUAAUAUGAUGUACAAUGUAGAUGAUGAUGAAGACGCUGUCUUAAAGUUGAUAGAUUUCGGCUAUACCGCAAAAGUGACAGAUGCGUUUUCGAUAAUGAACGACGGUCCACGUGUUGAUGUACGUGAUGCCGGGGUCAUAUUGUACUCGUUACUCUAUGGCGAGUACACUGAUCGUACUCCCAUCGAGCUUAAACGGCGUGUUACAGAAGGCACGUUCGAUCUUUAUCUUAUGGAAAAGCCCAUUCUAAUAUCUCAGGAAGCAAAGGACUUGUUGGUCAAGAUGAUGUCGGAAGACCCCAAUAACCGACCCACUGCUUCACAAGUUCUGGACCAUCCUUGGAUAAAGACUCGUAUUCAUGAUGAUGACAGCAGCCCCCAAGGAGAUUCAUCUGAGAUCACCCGCUGUGGUGAAUGCUGCAGGAUCUUGUAG